AUGGCAAAGAGAUCAUUUAAACGUUUUGUGGAACAAGAACUUGGAAAACUUCCACUCUUCUUGAUCUAUGCCGUGCUCGAAUGGGUGUUGAUUGCUGUGCUAUUUAUUGAUGGGUUUCUUGCUUUUUUUGCCAACGAAUUCGCCAAGUUCUUUGAGUUGAAAAUCCCUUGUUUGCUCUGCACGAGGAUUGAUCAUGUCCUGGUUCAUAGAGAUGCUGAUUUUUAUUACAAUGAAUCCAUAUGUGGAACUCACAAGAAGGAGGUUUCAUGUCUGGCUUACUGUCAUGUCCACAAGAAGCUUUCCGAUAUACGAAACAUGUGUGAGGGGUGUCUUCUUUCUUUUGCUACAGAGAGAGAAUCUGAUUGCGAUUUAUUCAAGUUUCCUGCAGGGGUUUUACAUAAGGACAUCGAGCUGUCUGCUGAUGAUGAUCGUGACAGCCAUUUGAGGUUGCCUGCUUUAGGAAAUGACAUCGUGGUGCCAGCUGACAAGAGCAGCCCCCAUCAGUGCUCAUGUUGUGGGGAACCAUUGAAGGUAAAGUCGUACUCAAAGGGAAAGAUUGCAGGCGUGCUCUCACAGGCUCCUGCUCCUUCUCCCCGAGCACCAUUUGUUACUUUGAGAAAUGAGGGCCCUCGCAAGUUGGAUUUAUCUCAUGUGCGAUACACAGAACUCAAGGAAGAUGUCAAAGCUGCUAUGGUGCCGUUGCUGACAGAAGCUGAGAAUAUGAAUGAAGAAAGGACCCCUACAUUUUCCAGAGGAAAUAAGUUUUUCGGAAUCCCACUAACAGAUUCAGCCGCCGCUAGUCCUAGGGCAUUUACUAGGUUUCCAAGGAAAUCACUCCUCGACAAAACUGAACUUUCUUCAGAGACCAUAGAAGGGACUUCUCUAUCAAACGAAGUAGAUGAUGACUCAAUUUUGCAACAUUUAAAGAAACAGGUUCGUCUGGAUUGCAAGUCGCUGAUGGCUUUAUACAUGGAAUUGGAUGAAGAAAGAAGCGCUUCUGCUGUUGCGGCUAAUAAUGCAAUGGCCAUGAUCACCCGGUUGCAAGCAGAGAAGGCAGCUGUUCAGAUGGAGGCAUUACAGUAUCAGAGAAUGAUGGAUGAGCAGGCAGAGUAUGACCAAGAGGCCCUGCAAGCAACAAGGGAUAUAGUUUCCAAGAGAGAGGAACAAAUCAAGACUUUGGAGGCUGAGCUCGUGGCUUAUAGAGAAAAAUAUGGUGUCCUGAUGGGAGAAGAUUUUAUGGAAUCUGGAGAUGAGAUUGAUGAGGAUUGUCAUGAUUUGAAAACAGAGUCUCAUUCUUCUUAUACCGAAAGAUACGAAUGUCUCAGCCCAUCUUAUAGCUCCACAGAAGGGCAAAAUAAUGUUGAAAAUGUGUUUUAUCAAAGCAAGUCUCCAUCUUUUCUGGCUGUUGAGAACGGAGGGGAAACUGAAGACAAAGCACUGAAGGCUUUUCAAGGGCAAGAACCUCAUCGUCUAGGUCGGCUGAACAAUUGGGAUAAGAAAGUACAUGUUUCAUCAGAUGACGGGGAUCUUUCCUCGCAGUCUAGUUCCGAUGAUGUUAACCACUCCGAGAAAGUGACAGCAAGGGAAGCAGAUUUAGUCAAAGGAUCCUCACAUCUUCAUGGAUCAGCAAAGGACCUUGAUGCUGAAGCCGGAUUCUUGAAGCUUGCUGAUCAUACACUCCAAAAUGGUAGUGAAGUUACGUCGGAUGGUCUUCAGAAGUUUUGUCAGUAG